AUGCCCAAACGCUCCCCAGCUCGCAGGAAGCUCGCCGCGCCGGUGAAACGGGUCGACACCAUCACUCUCGACGACACGGAUGAUGAAGGCCCUCACGCCACAACCUCGACUCCAGCUACCUCGAUCGGCACGCCCAGGGCCGACAAGGAACCUAUGAAGGUGGACGAGCGGGCGGAAGAGUCGACCGAUGUCGAAAUCGUCGAGCCUCCUCGCGCACCGGAAAACAAGCCUGUGACGCUCAAGGAAGCCUUCAAGAAUGUCAUCAAGAAGGCCAAGAUCUACACGCAGAAGCUUGAGGAGUUCCAGCGUAAACGCAAUGCCUGGCUUGCGGAGAAGCGGGCGGCUGAGGCGGAGUACGACGACCCCGCGUCCGGCAGCAAGAAGCGCAAGGCCAACGCGUCCCCAGCUUCGAGGAAGAGCAAGAAGAAGAAGAGCAAGCAGGAGGAGGAAGCGGCAAAGAAGGAACUGCCGUUCGAGGUGCCCGUUCCCGCUGCGAUCAAAGCGAAGCUCAAAGACUACCAAGUCGAGGGGUUCAAUUGGCUCUACGGCCGGUACAUGUUUGCGACCCACGGCGCCAUCCUCGCCGACGAGAUGGGCACCGGCAAGACGCUGCAGUCCAUCACGCUCCUCGCGUUCAUCUACUCUGUAUUCGGCGCGAAGCAGCCCGCAAUUGUGGUCCUUCCCAAGGCCGUCCAGCAGAACUGGGCGGAGGAGCUCAAGCGCUGGGCACGUUCGCUGCCUGUCAUGGUCUACGCCGGCGACAAGCACAAGCGUGCCGAACUGCGCGAGGAGCUCGGACUUAAAGGUACGCGGACGCCUCGUGCCGAAGCAGACGCCCUGGCGCAGCUGGGCCCCCCCGCCGCCGCGAAAGAAGUUGCGAAGUGGCCUCGGAGCAACCCGAACAGGACCAAGCCAUACCCGAUUAUCCUCGUUACCUACGAAAUCCUGCGGAGGGAUAUCGACUGGCUCUGGCAGUUGACGUACAGCUUGAUCGUUUGCGAUGAGGCCCAUAAGGCGAAGAACCUGUCGGGAAAGACGCUCAACUCGCUCAAGUUCCUUCGUGGCGACUUCCGCCUCCUCCUUACCGGCACGCCUCUCCAAAACAACCUCACGGAACUCUACGCCCUCCUCUCCUUCAUUCUUCCCCAGAUCUUCAACGACCGCGAGCUUUUCGAGCAGCAGUUCGACUUCUCGGCCGUCGUCAGCGAGGAAGGCCACCGCAUCUCGGAGCAGGAAGAGGUACAGCUCCUCGUCGCCCAGCUACACGAGAUCCUCUCGCCGUACAUGUUGCGGCGCUGCAAGAAGGACGUGAUCAAGGAUCUGCCGCUCAAGAAGGAGUACGUCUUGACGGCCAGGAUGACGAAGCUGCAGAAGGAGAUGACCGAAGCGGCGCUCGAAGGCCAGCUCCGCGCCUACCUCGCCGGCACGACUGACAACUCGCGCGAGUCGACGCCUCGUUCGGCCAAGGGCCGCGGAAGCCGCGAUGCCGACAUCAUUAACCCCGCUCUCCUCAACGAGAAGGGCCGUCGUACCCGUAAGCGCGAGUCGCGGUCGUACAAGGAAGAGAUGCACGAGAGCAUGGACGACGACGAGUUCGAGCAGCAGUUGGCUGAGGAGGUGGAAGCGGAGGAGCAGCGGGCGAGGGAGAAACAGGUUGCGAAGCUGCAGGUUGCGGGCCAGCGCGAGUUCGAUCUCCGCGCGAAGCACACCAAGUUCAACUCGAUGAUGACGAACCUGCGCCAAAUUGCGAACCACCCGCUACUCAAGCAGGACACGCGCAUGCCGAACGACGACCCCGAGCUCAUCGUCAAGCUGUCGGGCAAGAUGAUGCUCCUCGACCGUCUUCUUCCCGCACUGCUCGAGCGUGGCCACAAGGUUAUCAUCUUCUCGCAGUUCGUCAAGAUGCUCGACUUGCUCGACGACUACAUCGAGCUGCGCGGCUUGAAGCGGUUCCGCCUCGACGGCCAAGCCGAGUACAAGGCGGACCAGGACGAGAUCCGGGAGUUCAACGCGGCCGAGUGCACCGAUGACUCGACCAACAUCUUCCUCGUCUCGACUAAAGCCGGCGGUGUUGGCAUCAACCUGGUCGGCGCCGACACGGUCAUCAUCUUCGACUCGGACUGGAACCCGCAGAACGACUUGCAGGCGAUGGACCGCGCUCACCGCAUUGGCCAGACCAAACCUGUCCUCGUCUUCCGCUUGGCCUCGGCCAACUCGAUCGAGCAGACUCUCCUCGCAAGUGCCACGCGAAAGAGGAAGCUCGAGCGGGUCGUUCUCGGUAACGAGGCUGCGUUGGCUGGCGAUGGCGCGUCCGCUGCGAGCAACUUCAUCAACGAAGUCAAGGGCAAGAAGCCCGGUAAGGGUCAAGCGAAGAACGAGGCGAUCAAGACGCUGGCGCAGAAGCUCCUUGAGGCGGAGGGCGAGUUGGUCUCGCUUGACGAGGGUGAUGAGGUUCUCACAGACGAGCAGCUGGAGGCGCUUCUCGACCGCUCGGAGAAGGCCAUGACGAGCAUCGAGUCCUCGAAACAGACGUCGGGCAAGCAAGCCGCGUUCGAGGUUGUCGAGACGAUCGAGGAGGAAACGAUCCAGCAGGAAAAUGUGCUUGGCGGCGUGCUCGGCGACGUUACCGACCCGACAACGGCGACGACGACGGACGAGGAAGACGAGGACGAGACUGACGAGGCGCAGUGA